AUGGAAUCCGAACCCCGGCGCCAAAAAGCUAUCGAACAUGCGGUUGACUCGUUUGAGUUGCGUCCCGCUGCGGUGCCUAUGCUGUCCGUAUCUUUGCGUGCGAGCCCACAAAGCGAUGGAAAUGGGAAUGAAAGCGCCCAUAGCGAGCCGCAAGGCUCCCGAAUGAGGACAGUCGAGAACCAUCCCAGCUUUCGGAGCUGCACGCUCGAUGGCUUCGUGGACGUGAAACAGCCAUGCUACAGCCUGCCUGUCCAUGCACGGCAUACAGUUGCGACAUCGAACCUCGAAAACAGAUAUAGACUGUCCGCGGCACGCCACCGGCGCGCGACUGAAUUCAAUCUUAUGGCCAGCGUAUGUCUCCAGAAAUACCGCACGCGCUCGAUACCGGGAGUCUUUGCCACUCGUGUUGCCGUAGAUCGCGAUGCCUGGCCAGUUGGGAGAUUGAGUGUGUCGUUCGAGCAAGUACUGUAG